GGAAUUACAAAACGACUACAAAACAGACGUACGUCAUCUUUCAAACUCCAGUGCAAGACGAGCGCUUCAAGUAUGCCCUCUGCAGACGUACACAAGCAGUUUUAGCAAAAGUGAACCAUGGAAAAUUCAGGCAGGCCUUACCGGGGUAGGCAAGGCGGAUGGGAGAGAGGAUCAGGACCAGGAGCAGAGAGAGCAGAACCCUGGAGGACCCCGGACCAGGGUCGAGGACAGAAUUACAGAUCAGAGGGAGGCAAGAACCAGGGCGGACCCUACCGGGCCAGUCCCAAGAAGGGAGGAAUGGGGCCCAUGGGCUAUUCCCCUGGCGGAUUCAGAGGUGGUCACAGCCCCUCACAAAAGGAUGACCCUCGGUGGUCCUCGGGUCCUGAGAACAGUGGUGGGACACGAGAGGAAAACUGGAGAGAGCGCUCCCAGCAACAAUGGAGGAGAAGUAACCAGGGAGAAGGGCCAAGGGACGACCGGGAGCAGGGAGGGAGAGAUGAAAAUGAUGGGAGGAGACGGAGAAACAGAAACAAGAAUAGAGCUUAUGCUGAAGAGAACAUGGGCCCUCUGAUUGACGAGUCAACACUCUCAGCCAAAGAGCUGCAAACCCUUCGACAGGCAGAGAAGCGGCUUAACAAAGAUGAGAUCUACAGCCUGAAGAAGAGGUCCCACAGCAACCCCAGUGCACUUUACACCUGCUCUCUGUGUGACGUUCUGCUGGAGUCUGUGUCUGACGCUUACAGACAUAUCAGAGACAAACGGCACAAGAAGAGGGCCAGGGAGAGGCAAGAGCAGGUGAUGCUCACUGAGAUUCUGCCUCCUGGUCCAGAGCUGAUCAGUGCAGUGAGUGCAGCAUUAGAGGAGGUUGUCCGGGAACAUGGGAUGAAUGACCAGGAUGUUGAGAUGAGACAAUGUGUUGUCUCCAUGAUGCAAGACCUCCUUCUGUCCGUCCUGCCUGAGAUCAGGCUCAGGCUAUAUGGAUCCUCCUGCACCAAGUUUGGAUUUAAGGAUGCUGACGUCAAUAUUGACAUUCAGUAUCCGCCUCAUAUGCAUCAGCCAGACGUCUUGUUGCUGGUCAAAGAGAGCCUCUCUGUGAGCCCUAUUUUCAUUGAUAUGGAAGCUGAUUUCCAUGCCAGGGUGCCUGUGGUCGUGUGCAAAGAGAAAAAGAGUGGCCUGACCUGCAGAGUGAGUGCUGGGAAUGAAAACGCGUUCCAGACCACCUCCUAUCUUUCUGCUCUGUCCAGUCAGGAGCCCCUUCUCCUCCCACUGGUUCUGGGCCUAAGACGCUGGGCAAAGAUCUGUGAUAUCGACCGUGCAGAGGAAGGUGGGCUGCCCCCGUACGUCUUCGCCCUCAUGGUUAUCUACUUCUUACAGCAGCGCAAAGAGUCCCUCUUGCCAACCUACCUGAAACAAGAGAUUAAGGUGUUUUCACUGAGCAGGCUGUCGGACUUCAACCUCACACACACAGAGGAUGGUCACGUACACUGGGCUUACACCCCUGCCUCUAAAGAACAGCCAGCAGAGGGCUCCUGUAUUAAAGGAAAGGUUCCCCUGGUGUUCCAGAGCCCUCACCCGCCAGUGGAAGUUGGGCUUCUCUGGGUGGAAAUGCUCCGCUUCUACUCACUGGAGUUCGACCUGGCUGAUAAAGUAAUCAGUGUGCGGACCAGCCCUGUCCUCUCUCGAGAGCUGAAAGACUGGCCAAAGAAACGUAUCGCCGUGGAGGACCCAUUUUCUGUGAAGAGGAAUGUGGCUCGUACCGUGAACAGUCAGCAAAUGUACGAGUACAUCGUCCACUGCCUCAAGAACACCUACAAGUACUUUGCCCUGCCACUCAACACGCCAGCUGCUAAUGUCAAGACAAAGGCACAGCGUGGAGGGGCAAACGCAGAGGCUUCCAAUGCAUCGGAUAUCACAUCAGAUUUCAGUGAGCUCAGCGUCCAGUCACAACAUGCAGAUCAAUCUAAAGCUGGAGAAAACGGCCCUGAAGACUCCGAUUGCAUUAUUGAAGAAGAAGAGGAAGUUGAAGAAUUCAGUGACUCGGAUGAAGAACGAGAGAAGGAAAAAGUGGACCAGGGUAAGAGCAGUCUCUCUGAGGAGGAUGAGGAUAACAAUGAGGGCGCACAUAGCAGACAUCACCUGGACAGCUUCACUACAGAGGAUGAGGACAUUUUUCCCGUGGACGAAAUCUCAGGGGACGAGCUUUUGUCUGAUGAGGAGGGUCCGGAUCUGGACACACCGGGUUCAAUGGAUGACGAAGAGGUGGAGAUGGAACCUGUGAGCCCCUCACCAGCAACUUUAUCAGAGGAUGCAGUUAAGGAUCAGAGCGCAGAAAAUAAAAACCAACAGAAGAAGAAGCAGACCUAUGUGUUUACCAAGCAAGUGUUCACCAGGGGAAAGUCCCACAUGGUCGUGUGCAACUUGUGCAAGCGCGACGGACAUCUGAAGAAAGACUGUCCCGAAGAUUUCAAGAAAGUGGAGCUGGAUCCUUUGCCCUCAAUGACACCAGAGUUUCUUGUUGUCCUCAACAAAGUCUGUGAACAGUGCCUCACUGACUUCGCCCCUGAUGAGCUGGAAGUGGGUGUUAGAGAGCACAUCCUUCAAGACCUGGAGACCUUUGUCAGGCGGCAGUAUGCAGGAGCCCGGCUACAACUGUUCGGAUCAUCAAAAAAUGGCUAUGGCUUCAGGCAGAGUGACCUAGACAUCUGCAUGGUGCUGGAGGGGCAGGAGACAAUGGAUGACAUUGACUGCAUCAGCAUAAUCGAAAGCUUGGCGAGGAUGCUGAGGAAACACCCAGGCCUGAAGAACAUCCUGCCCAUCACCACAGCAAAAGUGCCCAUCGUGAAGUUCUACCAUGUCCGCACCGGCCUGGAGGGCGACAUCAGCCUCUACAACACUCUGGCCCUGCACAACACACACCUGUUGGCUUCCUAUGCUGCCAUCGACAGAAGAGUGAAGAUCCUCUGUUAUGUCAUGAAGGUUUUCGCCAAGAUGUGUGACAUUGGCGAUGCUUCACGCGGCAGUCUCUCUUCCUACGCUUACACCCUCAUGGUGCUGUUCUUUCUACAGCAGAGAAACCCACCAGUUAUCCCGGUGCUGCAAGAGAUUUACGAUGGAAAGAAGAAGCCGGAGGUGCUAGUUGAUGACUGGAACGUGUACUUCUUUGACGAUUUAAAAACGCUUCCCAGUCGCUGGCCACAGGGUGGGAGGAACAUUGAGACGGUGGGCGAGCUGUGGCUCGGCCUGCUCCGCUUUUACACCGAGGACUUCGACUUCCGAGAGCAAGUGAUCUGUAACCGUCUGCACAACUGCCUCACCACCUUCAACAAGCAGUGGACGUCCAAAUACAUCGUCAUUGAAGAUCCGUUUGACCUGAAUCAUAAUCUCGGUGCUGGCCUGUCCAGGAAAAUGACUAACUUCAUCAUGAAGGCCUUCAUCAACGGGAGGACAGUGUUUGGCACACCAGUCAAAGCUUUCCCUCCUGCGUACCCCAGCAAGAUGGAGUAUUUCUUUGAUCCUGAAGUUCUCACUGAGGGAGAAGUGGCUCCAAAUGACCGCUGCUGCCGCAUCUGUGGCAAGAUCGGCCACUUCAUGAAAGACUGUCCCCUGCGCAAAAAGUCCAGGCACAGAAGAGACUCUGAGAAAAGGCCAGAUCACAUGAGAGACACAGCUGAGGACGGCAAGGACCAAGGCAGACACAGGGGUGAGCACUGGAGGAAAAGGGAUGCACAGGAAGUGCGCUGCUGCUUCCUGUGUGGAUCAAGUUCCCACAUCAAGAAGGACUGUCAGCUGUACAGAAGCCCUGCAGGAAAUGCCAGGAUGGAUGGCUUUUCUUCCACCUCUUCAGGCCACUUGAGGAAUGUGAGAGAAAAGGAGAGACAGGGUUCACCUUUACAAGAAGAGAAAAAUAAGAGAAAACCACAGAAUGUGAUAUUAAGUCCACAAGCGGGUAGUUUAGCCUCCCGAAAUGCGGGUCGCUCUGGUCACAGGAAGAGUCCGGUGGAAUGAGCUGCAGCUGUGGCUACACAAGCCACAAGGUUAUACUCUUGUCCAGGCAGAAAGCAACCCAAAGUCUCAGAAACCAUUGAAUCUCAAUGGGACUGUUGGGCCAAUGGGAGCCUGUUAAAAGCCAAAGCCAGGACGCCUUGACUUGAAGCCAAAUAGGGCCUUUUUAUGUGUUUCACCCCCCCUACCCCACCCCAAAGCUGUCCUCCCUGGAGGAGCUUUUUAAAGCUUUUGUUUUAACAAGAGAAGCCAUUAUGCAUGCACCUCAUGUCUGUUUGCCUACACUGCCAGUCAAGUUUGUUUUACACUUAUUACUUUUCAAACAGUUACAUUGCGGAUUUAGUUUUUAGAAUCUCUUAAAUUAUAAUAAGUAAGUUAUUUAGAGGUGUCAAGUUCAUGUCUAAUAGUUAAUUUUCUCAACGUAAUAGUCCAUAUUUUGCAGACUACAAUACAUUUGUGUUAUAGUUGAUGCUAACCUUUUUUUGUCAGUAUUGGCAAUUCCUCACAGUAAGGUAAGACCAAGUAAGUAAGCACUGAUACAGCUGUAACGUCAUGGUUUAGUGUUUUGACUGCUACCUUAAAGCGACUUAAGCUCAGUUUAGCUCACCUCAAAUGUUUGAGAUUCAACUCAAAAAAUUACUGUAACGGUUAUGUGAAAAUGUUCAUUGGCAGUGUACGUAGUGGCAAGGAUCUUUUUUAUUUUUUUAACCACAUUUUCUUUGAAAUCCUGUUUAUUUGUCCUGCACUGGCGUCCAUCAGUCCGUCUCUCCUUCAGCCUAGCAAAUCUAUCGAAAGUUUUUAUGUUGGAGAAACCACCCUGUACAUAUUUUUUCAGGAUCAUAGUUUUAUUUUUGGUGACUGCUGAUCCACCCCUAUUACAUAGAUACAUGCCCCCCAACUGCCCAUGUUAACAGAAGGACAGUGAAACCGUGCUGUCGUCUGCUUAUCCUGACCUGUAUGUGCCACCACAAAUGCUAGGAAGCGUUGUGACAUUAGUGCAAGAACAUAACGUUGAGAGAGCAUGACAAAAAGUGUCAUGCUUACACAAAACUAGAGGUAAUCUCAGUUAAGUGAAGACAUACCUGUAUUUAUUUACCACAAAAGCUUCAUUUUGUUGUUAUGGUGCCACAUAUUGGUAGCUGCACUGUGUGAGGGUACAUGCCCUUCAAUUAUGUCGCUGCUAGUUUAAUGUCUCAAAGACCUGCUUAUCAUUCAACUUCAAAGAUGGACUAUCUGGCUUUAUUGUUGUCCUAUAAUGGCUAAAUUUUAUUAGAAGAAAUGUGUUGUUGGUGGUAUUGUAAUCAAACUUUCUCAUUUUAAAGUAGCUUUGUUUAAAUGCCAUCUUUAUUGGAUAUCUUUUGUUGGGACUCAAUGAGAGGUUUAGUUUGUUUUUAAGUAACCCCAAUCCUGCCAGGAAAAGUCGGCUUGCAAUCCAGUUUGUGUCUCAAAGAACUCAUUAAACUCAAAAUCCAAACCCA